AUGGCGGCGGAGGUUGGCCGCGCGGGGGGUGCGCCUGGCGGCGGAACCAGGGAAGCUCCGGCGGAGCGGGAGAGGGCGCUGAUCCACGUGGCGGCGCCGCCCGCGAGUCUCAAGGAGAAAAUCGAGGAAUGGUGGGAGCAGAUCGGGCGCGAGCAGCACCAGGCGCGGCGGGAGGGGAAGUGGGGCGGAGGGGAGAGGGCGGCGGAAGGAGGGAGGGCGGAAGCGGGAAGGGCGGAAGGGGGAAGGGCAGAAGGAGAGGCGGAGAGGGAGAGGGCGUGGAGGGUGACUGCAGACGAGGUGACUGAAAAGAAGCUGGUUGCCGUGAGCCAGGUGCUGGCGCUGCUGCCCAUUUCACUCUUCCCUAAAGUCACAACGGUGCACGAGGUGACAGCCAAUACGACGCUGUACGAUGCCAUUAAGCUUCUGUCCCGCCACAACCUCACCACUGUACCCGUUAGAAGCAUUGCUGGGGAGGCUGCAGGGAGGUCCCGGGGCAGGGGCGGGGCAACGGACGUGCAGAUGACUGAAUCAGAGCAAGAGGAGGGAGUGGAAGGUGUGGAGGGAGGAGGAGAAGGCGAGGGAGCAACAGGGAUCGUGGAAGAGCCAACAGAGGGAGGAGGGGAGAUGGAGGAGGAAACAUUGGAGGAGGUGGAGGUUGAGGAGUGGGAGCCGCAGUAUUUGGGCAUGAUGGAUUUGGCAGGCGCUGUUAUCCUCUGGGUCUUUGCCAAUCUCGAAGCAUCUUCGAUUGGAUACGCCACGGCAUCAACCCUCGCUGCCUCCCUUGUCGGCUCUUUCGUCGCAGCAGCUGGGGCAGCCGCUGUCGGAGCUUCGGCCGGACCUGCAGCAGCCGCGGCAGCCGCCGGAGCUGCAGCCUCGGGAGCCCUGGGAGCCCAGGCCUCCACUGGGGAAGGCGCACCUGGGGAAUCAGCAGGAGCCAUGGCUUCUUCCCCUCGCACCGGCCGCUUUUUUUUCGAAGCGCUUCUAAAGAAUGAGGCAUUUCACACCACGCGGGUUGCGGAUCUGGCGGGAUCGUUCCGCUGGUCGCCCUUUGUGUAUCUCAAACCGUCGGAUACGCUCCUCACGCUCUUCCUCCUCAUGUCCAAGUAUGCCAUCCGCUCCGUGCCAGUGCUGCCGCCCGGCCCCGAGUCGGCAAUCUCGACGGUGAUCACGCAGUCUGCUGCGGUGGGCUUUCUGUGCGAGUGUGACGGCAUGCCCUGGUUCAACUCCAUUGCCGAUUGCACUCUGGCGGAGCUGGGGCUGCCGCUCAUGCAACCUGAAGAGCUUGUCAAGGUGGAAGACGAUGCAGCAGUGACGGAGCCCUUUCGUCUGAUGAUGGAGCAUGACAUAGGAGGGGUGCCCGUGGUGGCCAAGGGCACCAACCGCCUCAUCGCCAACAUCAGCGCGCGCGAUAUUUUGCACCUCGUGGGCACUCCGGAGAUCUUUAAGCGCCGCCAGGAACACUCCUUCACUGUGCGGGACUUUAUAGCAGCGGCGAAUGAACCUAGCUCAUCCGCUACACAAGUCAUCUGGCUGGUCGGUCUUGAUGCUCCCAAUCACCUGCUCGCCCUCCCAUGCACUUCCCUUCCCAUUGCCCCCGUUACCAGGUCCUUAACUGUUCGGGAUUUCAUAGCAGCAUCCAAUGAACCUAUUUCAUCCACAACAGAAGUGAUCUGGCCGGUCAUGACCCCUCCCAUCACCUGCUCUCCUACCACGCCUCUGCGCAACGUGCUACAUGCUCUCAACCGCACCCACAUCCACCGCAUUUAUGUCGCCUCCUCGCCUUCUCCUCCUGCCGCUGAUACUCCUGCUCCUGCUGCUGCUGGGGCUGAAACUGGGGCUGGGGCUGAGGCUCCUACCGGUGCCUCUGCUGCUGCUGGUGCUGCUGGUGCUGCUGGUGCUGGUGCUGGUGGUGCUGGUGUUGGUGGUGGUGCUGGUGCUGGUGCUGCGAGCACGGGGCAGCAGGAGGUGGUGAUAGGCGUGGUGACUCUGCGGGAUAUCAUUGGCAAGUUCGCUGCUGUGCCGCCUGACGUUGCCCUGGCUGCUGGUGCUGACGUGGGGCAGCAGCAGGAGGUAAUGGGGGUGGUGACUCUGCGGGACAUCAUUUGCAAGUUUGCUGCCGUGCCGCCUGAUGUUGCCCUUCCUGCUGGUGCUGACCUGGGUAGGGGUAGGGAGGAGUGGGGAGCGGUGGAGAGGUUUAGGAGUGGGGCAGUGGGCAGGGAAGUGAAAGCAGGAGUGAGAUUAUAG